AUGCUUGAACAGCGCAUUCGCGUCGAGUUCCGUAUCAUUGUCCGCGCAUUUGCUCUCAGUCUGGUACAGAAAGCGGACACCCAUCGUUCUCUCGACCUCGUCUCGACCAUAGCGGUUUGCACGUACUGGUUCAACGUGGAUGACCCACGGCUUGUCACAAUUGAGUGGGGUCGGACUUUCAUGGUCCCCGUAGUCGUAGCGAAGCCCAUUGCGUUCGCAAGAAACUAUAGGUUCAAGCUCGUGGAGAAGGAGUUAGUGGAUGGGCGUGACCGUUACCCUCCAUACUUCCCAUUUGCGGCUCGACUGUACCACCUAUGGGAGGCAACUCAUCGAGGUCGCGUCUUCCUGCAAUGGUUCAGGAAUCCCUCGGCUAUCGUCUUCACCGUGAGGGGCAUCGGCUGGGACUUCGGCAAGGGUGUCUACGGUCCCGAGAUAGUCGCCCUCGUUGAAGCUUGGCCUAUUCUUGAGAGCCACCGUGCUGUCGUCAUCGAUAUCCUCGACUUGCCGUUCAAAUCCAAACCUCGCGCCGGAAAGUAA